AUGACCACGCUCAGCAUCACCACACAGCACACGAUUGCGCCCGUCGACCGCAAGAUCUUUUCGGGCUUUGUCGAGCACAUGGGACGAUGCGUCUACGGCGGGCUGGUGCCGGCGUCGUAUCCCGAGGCGUCCCAGACGGACGAGUGUGUCGGCAUCUUCCGCAAAGACGUGCUCGAGACGUUCCGCGACGAGCUCAAGCCGCCGCUGGUGCGGUACCCGGGCGGCAACUACUGCGCCAACUUCAACUGGCGCGACGGCGUGGGCCCCUUGGCGGAGCGCAAGAAGCGGCUGGACCUGGCGUGGCACAACACGGAGCCCAACACGUUUGGCACCAACGAGUUUGUGGCGUGGUGCCGGCUGACGGGCAGCGAGCCGUUCCUGUGCCUCAACAUGGGCACGGGCGACCUGCGCGAGGCGCUGGCGUGGAUCGAGUACUGCAACAGCGACGCGGACUCGUACUACGCCAACCUGCGGCGCAGCCACGGCGUCGCGAAGCCGCACGCGGUCAAGUACUGGUGCCUCGGCAACGAGGUGUACGGCGACUGGCAGGUCGCCCAGGCCAGCAAGGAGGCGUACGCGGCGCAGGCCGUGCAGUGGGCCAAGGCGAUCCGGUUCCUGGACCCGACCGUCAAGCUGGUGCUGUGCGGUCAGCACGGCUACAACGACUGGGACGAGUACGUGCUGCAGCAGUGCGUCGAGUGGGUCGACUACCACUCGAUCCACCUGUACACCGACCAGAAGACGCACGAGCAGGCCGUCUUUGGCCCGCGCAUCGCCGAGACCUGCAUCGCCUGGACGCAGGCCAUGAUUGACCGCGCCCGCUACGCCAAGCACGUGGCCAAGCCCGUCAAGAUCUGCUUCGACGAGUGGAACGUCUGGAACACGCAAGAGUACCCCGGCGACGAGGGCCACGAGGAGGUGUACAACGUGUCCGACAUGCUGGGCGUCGCCGUCUGGCUCCACGUCUUUGUGCGCCACGCCGACAUUGUCGAAAUCGCCUGCAUCGCCCAGAGCGUCAACGUGCUGUCGCCCCUCCGCACCCGGGAGGGGCAGCUCGUCAAGCAGACCACCUGGUGGCCGUACGUGCUCAUGUCGCAGUAUUUGCGGGGCGGCCGCUCGGUGUCGUCCCACGUCAACAGCGUCGACGUCUGGUCGGGCGAGCGUACCGGCCAGCUCGCCCAGUUUGACGGCAUGCUGCCCGAGCUAAAGUACUUGGACAUGGCGGCCGUCGUCGGCGAGGACAAUGUUCUCACGCUCUCGGUGGUCAAUGCCAAGCUCGAGGAUGUCGCGGUCGACCUCAGCAUCGACGCGGACAUCAAGGCCGGCCUCGAGAAGAUUGUGGUCUCGGGCGAGCCGGGCGACAUCAACUCGUUCGAAGACAAGGACAAGAUCGUGCCUGUGCGCUCGUCACUGUCGACGGACAAGAAGGUCGUCUUCAAGCGGUGUUCUUACACGAUGCUGCGAUACCAGUUCUGCCGACAUCUGCGUUCCUCCAUAACCAAUGCCACUUCUACUCCUCCACCCUGCAUCCGUCUCACCCUCGCCUCCUCUUCACUGCCCCACGGCUUUGUGAAUGUCCUCCUGGUAGGCGGCGACGGCGGUGUUCUUGAAAUCGCGGGCUUUGACCUUGCGCAGGAACAAAAUGUCGAGCUCCUCGUAGGUGCGGUGCUUGGUCUCGGGCAGGCGGAAGACCACCCAGACGAGACUCAGCGCGCCCAGAAACACGAAAAUGAAGGCGGCUUUGCCCUGCAGCCCGGCGGCGUCCGGGUUGAUGAGGUACGGCAUGACGACGCCAAAGACGAUGUUGAGCAGGUUCCAGGUGUUGCGCGCGAUGGCGAUGGUCUUGGCGCGCAGGCGGGUGGAGCCGACCUCGCUGACAAUGGCAAAGGCGACGGAGCCGACGGUCAUGCUGGUGACAAAGGGCCAGCACAUGAGCAGGAUGGACUGGGCCCAGGCGCCGCCGUUGUUGUGGGCCGAGGCGGCGCCGCCGAUGGUGAUGAGGAGGAGGACGUUGCAGGUGAUGCCGACCUGGUAGAUGGUGCGGCGGCCAAAGUAGGUGAGCAUGAGCCACGAGAGGGCCGUGCCGGUCAGGGCAAUGAGCCGGUCGCCGACGGUCAGGUCGAACGCGUAGACGGUGUCGAGGCCCGCCUGCUCGAAAAAGCCAAAGAAGACCUGGAUGCACCAGGCCAUGCAGGCAAUCUCCGUCCGCCGCAGAUUCACGCCCCGGAAGCAGUCGAGGUACGACGUGCCCUCCUCGUAGGCCUGCUCGAGCUGGUCCGUGUGCACCAUCAUGGCCAUCGUCUGGCGCGGCGAGACCCGGUGCGCCGCCUUUUUGCUCGACAGCCGCCGCAGGGACACCUCGGCCUCGUCGAGCCGGCCCUGCCGCACCAGCCACCACGGCGACUCGGGCGCCAGGUAGGCCCCCAGGCACAGCGGGAUCGGCCACACCCACUGCACCGCAAACGGGAUGCGGUAGGCCCACGGGUUCGUGUCCGGCAGGCUGGCCACGCCGCGCAGGACGAGGGCCGCAAUGAACUGCCCCAGGAUCCAGGUGAUGUUGAUGUACGACGUCAGGUACGCGCGCAGCGGCAGCGGACACACCUCCGAGGCGUACGUCGCGCCCGUGAUGCUGAACUGGCCCCAGACGAUGCCGCACAAGAUCUCGCCGGCCACGAGGACGCCGACGCUGGGCGCAAAGAAGGGGAUGAAGACGAGCGCCGUGAUCAGAACGUAGCAGCCCAUGAGAAUGCGGCGGUGGCCCAGGUAGUCCGUCAGCCAGCCGUUGAGCAGGACGCCCAGAAAGAUGCCGAUGCUGCUCGAGUUGCCAAUGGCCGACUGCCACGCCGGCGAGAUGACAUAGCCGUCGCCCUGGGCAUGGCCAAACUGCUGGCGGAAGGCGGGCAGCCCCAAGAGGGACGACAGGAAGCCCGUGUCGUACCCGUCCAUGGUCGUGGCCGUCGAGAUGACGACCGACCAGGCCACGGCGCGCGGGUAGGCCCGGAUGCCGUCCAUGAGGGACAUUUUGUGCUCAGCAUCGGCCGCAGCGCGGGCAUCCGUCGCGAGCGUGUCGCGGGCGUGAGUUGGGCUGCCCGUGGCGUCGGAUGUUGGGUCGACGUCCGCCUUGGUCGUCGACUCAACCCAGUGCUGUUGCGCGCUGGCCAUUUUGGAAGGAUGGUUCUCGGUGUCAGACAUUAUGAGGGAUGGGAAGAUGUGCAAAUGCUGAUGCGCGGGAGAGUUGAGCAGUCGGCUGGAAAGAGUUGUGUCGGCGGCGGACGCGAGGUCCUCAUAUACUCGGGUCAAAGUCGACGGUCGUCUCGCCGGGUCGAUGGUGUCAAUGACAGGACGAAUGUCGAAAUCUCCAAAUCCCCAGGAUCCAUGUCAUCACCAGAUAUCUCGCCAGUUUAA